UCUCUAUUUUGUCCCCACAUGUCGCCACCAUAAUUGCCGCUGCCCACCGUUUACGCAAGUUCACUUUUCCAUAUCAUCAUCUUAUCCUCUUUGCCCUAUAUAAAUUUCUCCUCGUUCGUCGGAUUUUCCCUCAAGAGUUCCACCACGUUUUCAGAACCCAGAAAAACCCCGUAAAACCCUGUAAACUCUUCAGACUUAAAACCAUAGGGAAAGGUUUUACACAGUGUUGAAUGGACUGUUGCCUUUCUUACAGUAAACCCAGAUUCUUUUUUCCGGCCCUGCCGUCUGUUCCCCUUCGUCCGAUCAAAUUGGGAACUGAUCGGAGGCCGUUGGAUGUGGUGGCUUGUAGAUACAGUAGUAGUAGCAGUAAGUGUGAGUUUGGCGGUUUGAACACGCCGCUUGAGCCGAAGACGGCGGUUGGGAGGUUCUUGAGUGGCGUAUUGCCGAAUGAUCGGGAGUGCUUUCACGUUGCUGUUAGGAAUCAGUUGGAACAUCUGGUGGCUGACAGGGAUGAAGCCGUGGCUCGUGCCGAGUUCAGCUUGGGCUCUGAUGUAGCUUCCCUCCAUAGGCUGUUUCUGAACUAAGCUCUCACAUUGAUAUGGAAAAUAGGGAUUGCUUGGCUAAAUUGAGUCCAACAGGAAAUUAAUUAAAGGUAAAAAUAAUUACUUAAAUAAGAAUUAUAUGUACAUCCACCAAAAAUUUUGUGGCUUUUCA